AUGUCGUCUUUUAAUCUGAAAAGGAAAAUUAAAUACAUAGUCGGUCUAAUAAUUUUACUUCCAAUAGCUGGAGUAAUAAUUUGGAUAAAAGCAGAGUAUCAAGCAUUUAUGGGUAGAAUUUCAACAGAAGAGCCAUAUAUUGAUCUUGAAGUAGCUAGUGAGUACACUGGAGAUUUAAAUAUAACAGAAGAGAAAGUCUCUGACAGCUUAAACAAAAUAGUAGAGCUAUAUAGCGACACUUGCAGAUUAUCAGCAGCUGAUUCAAAUGGAAUGUUCAAUGUGAAUGAUUUGUUUGUUAAAGUACUUAUCGAGCACUUAAAAGAAGAUGUUCUUAGAUUUGCAAGAGAAUCUUUUACACUGUCUGAGAUAAUAGAAUUUAUGACUUCUCCAGAAGAGAGCAGAAAUCCAUAUUUAUGCGGUCUUGAUUUUAAUUCUAGUGCAGCAAUACGCAUUCCUCCAAGUUUAGCCAUCUAUACUGAUGAUAUUUUAAGCAUUUUAUUAACUUUUAUAGACCUGCAAGGGGCAGUGCAAAAAGCAUUUAUUAUACAAGAUGCCGAACCAUCUGCUGAUUUUAAGUUUUCAAAGUUCAAAUAUUUUAGCACUGUGGAACAAUUCACACUAAACAAUGUGACUUUGCACUCUAAUACGUUUAAGAACAUGGAGAGUUUUAAAGCACUUAUGAAUUUGUCAGUUGUUAAAAAAGUAAAAUUAGUUGGUGAUAGAAGUGUAAAAGUUAGCAUAGCUACUUUAAAAUCUCUAACAAUAAUAGAAUUGGAGGAAGAAGAAGUUGGAUACUUUUUGCGCUCUACAGAUAGAAGCUAUGAAAAGCUUGAUUUGUCAAUUUUCGAUGUAAAUUUAACCAAUGCUCAAGCAAUUUCUAAGCUAUCCUGUCUAUCUUCUCUAGUCCGAAUAGACUUACGCGGUAUAGUGUUUAAAGAAAUUCCAGACUUUACCUUCAUCAAGAAAGCUACGAAUCUGGAAACUCUAAAUAUGGAGAACAUAUUCUAUGGGUAUGACGAGAAGUACGAAGAAAGCUCAUUCGCACAAAUUAGAAAGAAUGUAAAUUACUUAAAUCUAAGCCAAGUUCAGAAAAAAUAUAGUACAUAUACUGAACAAGAAAAGAAAAUUAUCGACGAGAAUAAGAGGGUGGGAGAAGAGAUUUCUAUUAACACUAUUAAUGUAACUAAGAACGUUUAUUGUGAUUUGGGAGUUAGUAAUGUUAAAACAGACAUAAAUAUCGAUAUACAUGUUAUGUUUCCUCUUGAGAUAGGCGAUGACUUUUCCAAUACUGAUUCAUACUUUAUAGGCUUUUGUUUAGACUUAGAACAGAAUUAUAUAGGUGUUUUGAGUACAGCAAGCUCUAGUAAGCCAGACAAACAAUUUCUUAUCUAUGUUGACAACUUGGUGCUUCCUUUUAGUUCUUGCAAGACAAUUCAGCGUGUACUCUUCCAGAUCAACCAUGAGGUUAAAAUAUCUGAGCUAUUUAUAGACAGUCUCAUGAAAUCAACGUAUUUGUAUUCUAGCUCUAGCUCUAUUGAAAAAUUAAGCAUUUCAUCUACAAAGAGCGCAUCUGUAGACAUAAACACUAUCAUUGAAUGUGGUAAACACUUUAAAAAUUUAAAACAAGUAACAUUUCACAACGGUAGAAUAACACAGGUGUCUAUUUUAGAUAAAAAUCAAAUAGGCGUAGAUAAUACACCAGAGUACGAAGUAUACACAGCCAAUGGUGAUACUGCAGCAGAAGUAGACUUUAUUAGAAAUUCUUAG